AUGCUGAACGAUUUCUUCAAUAAUUCCAUGCAUUCGCGUACUUCUUCCCGCUCUGCAGCACAAGCAACAAUCAGCGAGCACACGCUUGCAACAAUGUCUAUGUACAACCACUCCCAAGGUGCGAUCCUCUCUCCAACCCCUCGCGUACUUUCCUUCCCCACCCACCAUUCCAUGCUUGACGUGCAUUUACAUUACCUAGUGUCGUUCAUGGACACUGUUUCGAAUAACGGAAGCAGUGGCCCACCACUCACCCCUCCUGAGCUGAGUCCGUCCACACCUUCCACUUCUCCUCCUCCCUUCGAGCCAGAACGUCCCAGAGAUACACCUUUGCAGUCAUCCCCAACAACUCAGUUCACUGUACCUCCGAUUCCCAAAUCAUCUCGUUCAACGCUCCGGAUCACGACCCCGGUGCACUGCUCACACUCGCUACACGCCAUCGCGAUACAUCCAUCUCCUCGCUCCACCAGACAGUCUCACAACUUCUCUCACAAGCACAACCUCAACCUACACAACACGUACAACCUUACAACUGACCACAUCAAACGACCCAAGGACGCAUUCAUUGUCUUCUGUCGCGAAUGCUGUUUGAAAAAGAACGAGGCAGAGGCUGCACUACCUGCAGAAGAGGAACGUAAAUACUGGGGCGAACUCGCGAAGCAGAGGAAGAAAGAGCACGAGGAGAUGAAUACCCAUGAGGAACGUAAAUACUGGGGCGAACUCGCGAAGCAGAGGAAGAAAGAGCACGAGGAGAUGAAUACCCAUGUAUCAUGUGAGCCUGGUCCGAAACUUGACAUGCAGGAACAGGAGACAAUUCAAGACGCAAUAACGAUCGGCACCUACCCGAUUCAGCAUUUGUCUCUGUCACUCUUUACCAACGAACCACCGUCAUUAUCGACCCGCGUGUUCGGCCAUAAUGGCAGCAAAAAGCAAAGCAAGGACGAUGAUUGUGCGACUAGUUUCGACGGCGCAGACAGGUUACUUCUACACGACGACACGUCUCCGGACAGGUGGAAGAUUAUCAGCGGUCAAAUACGAUCCAAGGGUGAAAUCGCGGGUGUUCCCUUUGCAAACGAUCCAGAGAAAUUUGCGCAACGCAACUGGCUGCUUUUCCUGGUAACGUCGUUACUUGGGCUUUUCAAGUCUCUUCACCGCUCAAUCUGCCUUGUGCUUCCAUACGACUCAGCAAUGGCGAACGUUUACCCCACCACGGACGAAGCACUGCGCCACAAGCUCAUAGCAUGGCGUAGGAAAGUCAGAGAAGAAGUCGAAGUGCAAGCACUGUGGCGUCAGCAGCCAAUCCAAGCCUAUGUUCUUCUCGCCAAGCCCAAAAUAAAGACUGGAUUCCAGGAAGAAAGCACACUUAUCCUGGAAUGCUCCUUAGACGUCACGAGGCCCGUGGUGUCCGGAAAUACGCGUGAAAAAUCUGGCUACGAUGACAUUCCGACGAGCGAUCCGGGCGUUCCUUUGAUGCAUACUGUGGACGGCUGGGUCUCGUCUGUUCGUAAAGCCUUAUUAUCAGUUGCAUUUAACGUGGGUAUUCUGUCGGAGUCACCGAGACUGCCUCAUAAGGAAUACUACCGGUAUUUCGUAACAAUAUAUUCUCAGAAGUGGCUUCGAAAACUUCAGGCAACAGGGCCCGAUCACGCUUGCAUCUUUGACAAUAAAGAGUCUAGCGAGGGCCGCAUAAUCAGUCCUGCUUUUCCUACCUGCAUUGCGGCGACAGCGGGAUUGAAAAAAAGGCGCCUUGGGCAGUUUGCACCCCAGAUUCAAAGGCGAUUCGGCGUUUCUUCGGCCCAUAUUCUACGUGUCCUUGCUUCGUCCAUCCGUUAUUUAUCAUAUCAAAUAACCGUGAAUAUGCUUCCCGCAGGACUCGAUCAUGCUAUACCUCAUCUUCAUUACGUUAUGGCAAAGAGGCUCGAAGGUUAA